AUGCUGGUGGAAGGAAUCAAUCUUUACAUUAAGCUGGUCAAAGUCUUCUCAGUCAGAAAACAGUAUCUGUCUUACCUGAUGAUGGGAUGGGGUUCGUAUCUUUAUAUUUUUACGAUCAGACCACAUAUGCCAUGUGCAGUUUGCUUGAAUACGAGAUCCUUUUAACAAACGAUUUUGAUUAAGAGAAGUAAUCACUUAUAAAUAUCGUCACAAAACAUACUUGAUAUUCCUGAAAAUUGUAUCUUACAAAAUUCCAAUAUUUAGCCUUUUUAUUCAAAGAGCAAGGUUAAUCUUUAGAGAUUAACAAAAUUACUGGGAAGAAGUAGGCCAUUAUGUGUUUGCUACAGCACUUUAUAUCACGUGGCAUAAUAGCCUACAUGUGACUCCAUGCGGUUCUGUCGGUUACAAAAUACCACUGAAAGUAUUUCAACUAAGGAAUUCAUAAAUGGAAGCAAUUUAUUGCGGAAUUAAUUGUUUCACCAGUUAUUCAAAUCUAGAUUUUUAAGUGAUGUAAUUUGUAAAAUGUUCCCAGAAAAAAUAUUUAAAAAUAUAUAUUUUUUAUACAAUGGAAAGCCUCUGUCAUACACAGCUUUAAUUCUUUUCAAAAAUACCGUAGUUCAUAAAAACGUUACUUCUGUAAUAAAUGUCCUUCUUCUAUGAAGACACAAUGCUGUUCGUGUAUUUGAGGAGUUUAACUGUACAGACCUUGAGUGUAUAUUUAACAGAAAAUGGUUUUAUUGACAUUUAGGAAUACCAGCAGUAAUCGUUGGCUUGGUGGCUGCUAUUCGUCCUUCUUCUUAUGACAUGAGGAAAAAUUUCUAUAAAAACAUUACAUGCGGAUCAUUCAAAAUUGCCGCGAAGAUCGAAAGAACCAGGUAGAUUGACAUUCCGUUAACAACCUUAAUGUUGCUGCAGUUCAAUACCAUUAUCGUAAUUAAUUAUUUUUGGCCAUCUCAUUUUUGUCAAUCAUCAUUGUUAUUAUCAUCAUCAUCAUCUUCAUCAUUGUCACCAACAUCAUCGGCGUCGUCAUAAAUAUCAUCGACAACUAAAACUCAAACACGAUAUGAUCGUUAUCAUCGCGAGCACCAUCAUUUUAAAGGUGAUUAGCUCGCUUUAUUCUUGUGAUUACAGAUGCUGGAUAAACGGCAGUCAGUGGAUUUACAAAGGUCCGGUUUUAGCAAUUCUCCUGGUGAGCACCAAUGAUUUCAUACCUAUGACAUUCACGCAGCCCUUACCCAAGUUUGAGGGACAAGAAUUAAACAAGCCAAACUUUAUUUUGAGAGGGAAUAAAUGACUGAAAUUUGCAUGAAGGCUGGGAAUUAAUCCCGUGGCCCUCCUCAACUAAACGGAAAAACAUUGUAGUUCAAAGUGGAAUUUGAGGUGUGGGUUUUGGAGGACAGGGGAAAUUCAAAGUAUCCUGAGGGAAACCUCUCGAAGAAAACAAAAACAACAACAGCAACGAACUCAACUCUCGUAUGGUGUCAACCGGGACAUAAAACCAGACCUCAUCGGGGGAAGGCGGGGACUCUUUAAACCACAUCAGCCCUUGUGCUUCUCAACUUUGGGCCAUGAAAUCUAAGAUUACCAUAUAUCCUGCAUACCUAGAAGUGUAUUGCCUAAACAGAAUUCAAAUAAAUUGCAAAACCAGCUUUGGGCUCGAGGCCUGACAGCAACUUCAAUCUGUAGAAAAAGACGAUGGAACUCAGAGUUUAAAUUUUUUACAUCACGCAAAUAACGCGGAUGAGGGUGCAAGGCAAAUCGAGAAGUGUGUCAUUUGAAAAGUGAUUGCUCAUUGAACCAAAAUUUACCUUUUGACUCACAACAAUUCUAAUUCAGGCUUACUCAGCGCUAUUUAAAUGCUAGUGGCCUCCCUUCGGGAUUUCAUUUUAGCUCCUUUCCAGUGCUUUCGACGACAUUAUUUUUUUAUAUUUCAGAUAAACUUGAUACUGUUCGUGAUCAUUUUGAGAGUUGUAUUUGGUAAAAUAUCCAGCAAAUAUGGGAAAAAUAAAAUAGACGCUGCAAGGUAAGUUCUCUUUUACAAUAAUGAGAAGGCUCAAUACUAAAUUACUUCAACUAUUCCUGUACGUAUUUAUAACUACAGAAAACAGCUUUUAAGAGGCCACUUGAUAAAUUACGCAAGUUAUAGUAACAUGCUUUUGAAAAAUCGUAAAUGUCUCUUUUACAGGAGAGGCAUAAGGAGUACUGUUGCCUUGCUUCCCCUUCUUGGGGUCACGUGGUUGCUGGGAUUCUUUGUUGACUUCCACGAUUCCGUGAAGUAUGCCUAUAUUUUGGUGAACUCUUUAAUGGUAAGUACCGGUACGGCUCGAUGAAUACCUCUGAAUUAUUGAUGUAUUUGUCCCGUUAGGAGCCUAACACACUUAGCCUAGAGUAGACCACGUUCAGCUGCUCAUUAAUUUAUAAUUGCAGUCCUUUUCUAGAGAAAUAGAAAUAUCAUGACUUCUGCUAACCGAUAUGACUCAGACUAAUGCUCAAGUGAUAAAGUUAUGAAGAAAGCUUCUUUCCCAAAAACUAGAGAGGCUGAGAAUUUUUGUUGAGAAUUUUAAAACAAAAGUCUUCUUGCCAUCCUUGCUGACUCAGUAUUUGGUCUUGUUCAUAGGGACUUGUUUUUUGCAUCUUUCAUUGUGUUUUGGAUGACCAGGUAAGAGGAGAUAGAGCAAGGGGCAUGGUAAAUUCUCAGCCUUUUGCUAGUUUUCCUAUACAGCAGGUGAGCGACAAUCAGCUAAUGACAGUUGAAAUUGUAUGACCCACAACAGUGGAACUACGAUAUAACAUGUAUGUAGACUAUAAAAUCAGAAAGGCAAAUAAGAGGCUUUACUCUCUCAGAGUUCUCAAGCAGUGUGGUGCUCCACCAGUUUCUCUAACUAAGGUAUUUGUAACUAUUGUUCGCCCAACUUUAGAAUACUGGGCUGUCCCCGUAUGGCAAAACAUAGCUGAAUUUCUGGCUUCUAAGAUCGAGAGCAUCCCAGAAAGGGCUAUGCGUAUCCAUAUUUCCUACGCACGAUUACAAUGAGGCUUUAUCUGCACUUUCUCUCACGACGUUAAUUGAGAGACGGCCACCUAUGUCAGGUCUACAUUGCUAGAUUGCAGAACAAAAACGACCCGUUACACUUUAUUCUUCCUAAACUGGAGGAAGUUCAGCAUAAUUAUCAUCUGAGGUCAGAAGCUACAAUGAGGGACAAAAGUGUUGACACACAUCCAUAAAAUGGCCCCUUUUGGCAUAGUGGAUAUAGAGAAUACUUCAUGGAAAGUGCGGCGUACGGUAUUUACGCAGGAGUUGUUGACGUAUCAGAAAUCAUACGAGUGAGCGCAGCGAACGAGUGAGAUUUCUGAUACAAAAACAACGAGUGCGUAAAUACCGUACAAAGCACUUUCCAUGUGGUAUUGUAUUUAUUAUAUAUAUACUGAGAUUUAAAUUCUUGUUUAUCGUCUUUAAUGACAGACCAAGACAAAACUCUGUUACAUGAAUUCAAGUUAAAAACUCAUGCAAGGAUUAUAACAUAAGCUUGAAUUUCUGCCAGAAAUUUAACAUUACAGCAAGCAAAUAAUGUUAAAAUAUUAUUUCUAAACUUUAAUCCGAGUCGGACUCCUCAAUUCGGAUUCUCUUCCACCUUUUUUCGGUGGUUUCGGUGACGGAAGUCCUGGUUUGAAUGGUCGGCGAGGUAGUAAGCGCAUUAACGGGAAUCGUAAAUUGUCCUCCACUUAUUACUGCUCCAUCAAAAAAACUCAUCGGGGUUUUACUAGUGCAAGUGCUCGCAGCAGCAGUUUCGUUAGUUGCAGUAGUUACUUUUGUUUGCGACGAUGCUCGGCUUAAGAUGCCCGAUAUGUCUUUUUGUUGAUUUAGGUUCAAGCUACUAUAGUUUGUUAUGCUUUGCACGUUCUUGUGCCGACUUAACUGCAUUAUAUGCGUUGGCGGAAUUUCACUGUCAUUAAGUUUUUGAAUCAUGUGUUUACGAGCACUAUGGUUCGUGAGUCGCUCGUUGUUGAUGUUUGCUUUUGAAGCCAUUGUUUUCAUCAAAGUGUUUAAUUUAUUUACACCCAUAGGUGCCGACUUAAACCAGUGUUUUUUGGAGCCGUCUGUUUUCGUGUGGUUUAUUCCCAAGUAGAAUGGCGAAUCGUGAGCCAUCAUGUUUUCCGGUCGCUUUUCACGGUAAAUUUUGUACGCCACGACAGGAUCUCGUUCAUCACCAGUUGAAAACAUUUUCGGGGAAACUUUUCGAAAGUUUGAUGCGUCUACUCCAGACCUUUUUUUUGUCUGUCUUUCAUUGUAAACUAGAUAUUCGUUACCUUGUGCGUCCUUACAAAGCUUUACAUCUCCCCAGCACAAAUCCCUAUGCUCUUGACAACCACGCAUUCCAAAAUGAAUGGUGUUGUUCAGCCAAACAGUAUUCAACAAUGAUUCAGCAGAGGAAACUCCAAGUAAAUUGUUUUCGUAAAGUAUAUCGACUUCCUCGUCCGUGAUAGCCACAGCAGCUUUGUCCUUGUUGCCUCGGACUGCUUUCCUCAGCUCUUUUUGUUUGGCCGGUAAACACUUUCUAAACAAUUCAAAUUCUUUAUCGUUAAUGAUACUCUUAGUAUAAUUAUUUUUUUUUCAAAUGUCUUUCAAUACUUGAAACAAGGCAUCUUAAACUUCAAGGCUCCUCCUCUCCGUCUUUACGUCUCACAGAAAGAAUAAAUUCUGCAAGGUGCUUGUUUAAUUCCGCGGGCUCUAUGUCUUGCACUUCUCGCUCGUCGUUCUUUUCGUUUCUCAAAAACGUUUCCAGCAAUUUCACAUCUCGUUUCGUUUUCUCUUUCGUAUUCCUGUUUUCGAGACUUUCCACGUAAUCCUCUACUGAAGUAUCGUGAUCAACAAACCUUUUCUCGUUCAUGUUUUAAAGUUUCAACACUUGCGAAAGAUUUCUUUAACAAAGUGAAAUGCUGCCAGCUGAAUGAAAAUCACCUUUUUACGGCUCACACGUUAAAAAACAUGAUACGCAGCACCUGAUUGGACGUAUCGUUUUCCUCACACGUGGAAAAAGCAAUACACGCCAUUUGAUUGGCUGUCGGGUUCUUAGACCAGCUUGUGAACCAAAUUUAUUUCGCGCCUUUUCAGUGGGUAAAUCUCAGUACAUAUAUAAUAAAUACUUAUCCCCUUCCCCUGUCUACCCCAACCCCUUCCCCCCAAAAUCAAUGUUGAAUUUUGGACCCUCAAGUCUUUUUUUCCCUUCAGACAACAUUGAUUCGGGGGGUGAAGGGAUUUACGGCGUUUAAAAAGAAUGAAUCAAUAAAUGAAUCAGAUGUUUGUUAAAAGCACCCGUUUUAAACAAGUUGAUUCGGGGGGUGAGGGGAUUUACGGCGUUUAAAAAGAAUGAAAUAAUAAAUGAAUUAAAUGUUUGUUGAAAGCACCCGUUUUAAACAAGUGUGUCAACUACUUUUGUCUCUGAUUGUAGCUAUUGCUUGCACCCAAUUUGUAAGACCAAGCGCACUCAAGAUUUUAUUACUUUUAAGCAUUAGUAGUUAAGUUAGUUAGUAAUUUUUUAAUUAGCUUGCGAAUUAUUAUCUAAAGUACAUUUUAUUAUACUAUUGUAAGUAGCUCUGUAAUUCACCCUUAUAUGUACCAUGUAUUGCUGCAAUGAGUUUCUUUAAUAAACAGUAAUUUAUUUAUAACGAACCUCCAUAUAAUGAAGUCCUCGGCAUAACGCGCAUAUUUUUCUUCACCCCAGUAAUAGUGAAAUGUAUGAAAAAGAACCUCGAUAUAAGGAAACCUCGGCAAAUAGCGAAGAAAUUUUGUUAGUCUCCUGGCCCUUAGUUAAAUCGAGGUUGUACUGUAAAUAUACUUGUUUAUCACUCAACUAUUUCUGCACCAGGUUAGAGAGGCUCUGCGAGCACGUAAAGCCCGUAGAAGGAAACAGACGGACCAGAAAGCAGGAGCAAAACCCGCCUCUAAUCCCACGACAUUAAUUGCCGAGAAAGACAGACCCAUCAACAAGUUUGUAUUUUCU